CUGGAGUAAAAUGGCUGUACCGGCGUCUCCUGAACUACCAACAAUGCUAUUUGUUUUCAUUUUUAUUAUUACUUGCUCAACUAGUGUUGCACAAAAAGAUGAAUUUACUGAAGAAUUAUUAAUCAAACCACUGUCUCGUGGCUAUGUUUAUUCUCAUUUUCAAUUCACGACCAAAUGGAAUGCAUCUAUUCACGAUUUAAGAACUUGUAAGUAAUUUUUAGUCGAGUCAGUAGUGAGUGACAAUGAAUUGAUAUUAUUAUAUUAUUUGACAGUAAUUGAAUGGCAAUGAAUGAUUCAAUGAAUGAACUUGAUUUUUGAUUGAAUGAACAAUGAUUAUGAUUCAUUGGGAUUGAGUGACAUUGCUUGAAAUUUGAAGUGACUUUUGAUUGAGUGAUCAUGAAUGAGUUAUCCAUUUGGUAAGCCAUCCAUUUUAAGGCUUUACUUUAAGUUUAAGGCUAGGAUCUGAUUCGAUACUGUUGUUGGUAUUGUGUACUUACCACCAGUAACUUAGUAACUACGUAAGAUUAUAUAAGACAAGACUCACAACAUAAAGAAAUUAAGAGAAUAAAUUUAAUUUAAGACUUAAACUUAAUUAAAUCAACACUUUAUUAUUAUUUAAAUAAAGUUUAGGUUCCUAAAAUUAUUAUACAAAUAAUAUUUAGCCUAUUAAAUUAAUUAAAUUAUAGAAUUAUUGAUUGGUGGUUCAGAUUAAAAUUAAAAUUUAAAUGGAAUGGAGAACUAUAACUAGGUUUCCUAGGUAAAUUUACACUAUUCGACUCUCACAAUUUACGGUAAAUUUGGGAUUAAUUGUAUGGGCAUGGGUUUUGCCAAGAAUUGUCUCAUCCUAAGUGCAGUGAUGUCACUUAGGGGAAUCCCAACACUGGACUUAGGGUGAAUAGACCAAGUGUAGCAUUGAUUUGUAGGACAUGAACGAUGUGUGUGGUAACUCUUCCUGUUCUAUACGGAGCAUUACUCACGUCAUAAACUAAAUCUGACUAUCGAUACGGUUAAUAUGGAGUGUAUUAUGAUGCAGUUUUCCAUUAAUUUGUUUUAAAAUUCAACUUACUUGUAUGAAAAGAAAUGAAAAAAUAAACACAUCCUUGCUGAUACCCAAGAACCAACACUGGUGGGGGGAAAAAUGAUGCACUCUAAAAGUGCUGUAUUUUGAUUAGUUGAAAACGUGUGUUUUAUAAAUGUUUCAACCAUAUCCAGUGUGAAAAAUACCUUUAGGAUGAAGAAACUGACUCAUUGUAUCAUGACAUUUCUGUAAUAGUAUGAUAAGAUAUCAACUCAAGGCUGUGGUUUUUGUAACAAAUAACCAUUCUACAUUCUUUUUAUACCCCACAUUAAAUGACCACUCACUCCAGUUCUCCAACCAAUAUUAACACAUUUAAGUUUAAUCACUCAUGAAAACAACUCUCCAUGUCCAGUCACUCAUAAUGUCACAAUUUCUUCCCUCUGCCUGGCUUUCUGGCUGGGAGAAAUUUAGAAGUGAGAACCGGUGGGUCAUCAUCUCAUACAUCAUGAGUUUAAUUUGUGGUCGUAAAAGAACUAAUAUUAUAUAUUUAAUGUUGAGAGAUAAAAUGAACAAAAUAGUAUAUAGGCCUACUUGCAUUUCCAGUUUUCAUAGCUCUAUAUAUUGUGGAAAUACCAAAAUGACUUUAAAAUAUGAUAUAAUUGAAUAUUUUUGUGGACAACACACACAGAUGUCAAAUUUCAUGUUUUUUAAGAUGAAAUAUAUCAUCAUAGGUGGUUCCAAAUGCAUUGUGUAUAUUAAUUUACAACAGUCUUUUAGAAUUAUGACUUAAUUAUUAUCUUUUGGAAUAAAAUAUUUACACAUUAUAAAAUGAUAAAAUUUAAGAAAUUUCAUUUUAAAAUGGCAAGUAAAUAUUUUAAUGUGCUUAAAAAUAUUUUAAAAAAUUAAAUUAACCAUCUGGUAUUUACUACUACAAUGGGCUGCAACAGAUGACUUUCAUCACAAUAGAAAUGAAUCACUUAAUACGGGUCCUGAUAUUUUCACAGUAAUAUUCAUUUUCAUAGUGACAGCUCUGCCCUGUCAAUUAGCGUCCUAACAAAAAGUGCCUAAUAUGGGGAAUCUAAAUUUGUCCUCAAAACUUGAGCAUUAAUUUAGUCCUGCCCACACACACACACCACCCCACCCCUAACUUGAGUGUAAAUAUUCAAACCUAAAUUCUAUGACCAAAAGUGAAACCUAAAACCAUGUGUUCAUUUGCAACAGUUACACACUCUACUGAAAGAAUUGUAAAUUUGAUUGAAAAGAUUAAAAUUAUUUUAAAAAUAUUGAAAAUGAUGAAAACCCAACUUACAGUUUCAUCGAAUACACUUUUACAGACUUUAUUAAAAGUUCCACCCUACCUUAUCAAUUUAGUCAAAAUCCUUUUAUCAAAUAAUCAGACUCAGACAGCAACCUCGUUUUCAAAUACCAGUAUUAAUUAAAAAUUACAUUCAGGGUAGUAAUGCAAAAUAAAGAAAAUAGUAAACUCUUGUAAAAAAUCCACAACUAAACAAAGGGAGCUCACUGAUACUCAGAAACUCAGAAUGAGUUUUAAGUGUUAAUUGACUGAAAACCCUUCUGUAUUUGAGUAGCAUAAGUGGAAAUGCAAUCUCCUUGACUGAAUGUGAAUAUUGACAAGGCACGAAUAAACAUGUGUAUUAUUUUUAUCCAAAUUAUUCAAAUUAUUAACCUACAUUUACAUAACAUAAUUAUAUAGGCCGAGGUUAUAUAUAAUAAGAUAGAAAAGCAAGGCAUUUAGGCACCAGUGAUCUCAAAAACAACUAGGCACACUAGGAUUAUUGCUAAUCCUUGAAACUGUUAAUUUAGAGAAGAAUCACUUCUCACACAAUACAAUCAUUUGGUUGGGUAUUCAAAAUUUGAAUCAUGCAUUUUUUUCAAGUUUUAUAUUUGAUAUCAUUUAAAUUAAAGUUGAAAAUAAGCCUCUAGGUCUUGUGGCAUUAGCAGACCUGUUUACUCUUACGAUUUUGGCGUACAAUGUACGAUUUUGAGGUGUAAACAUUAUCUAUACUGUAUGUUUAUUUUGUACUAUAAAUAUAAGGUACUGAACAAUUUGAUGAUAUUGUACGAUUUUAAGAGUUUGAGAGUAAACAGGUCUCCAUUAGGCACUUUCCACUGCAAGGAACUGAAUAUCAGAAUAGAUUAAUUGUAGUUCUUAUUGUAAUAGAAAUGAAUGACGCCCACUCUUCUGUGUUUGGUGUAACAACUGAUCUUUAUUCCACAUUCUACACUCUUUUUAUGCUUCACAUUCAUGAUCACUCAUUCCACUUUUCCACACCUUUAAGUUUAAACAUUCAUGAAUAAAUACAACUCACCACAUCCAUUCAUACCACAUCGCAACAACACAGGCCAAUCAGGUUACAAAGUUCACUCACUGCUCACAAUAAUAAUCGUCAGUCAUACAUGCUAUCACACUUUUAAUUAUUCUAAGCUGGAAGAAUAACUACAUAAUCUCUUUUUCCUCUAUGGCACCAGUAUAUUUCAGGUCACAUUGAACCCAGUCUGAUCCACCAGGUUGCCUACAUCUGAGUCACUCCUUACUUAGAUUGAUGUUUAAAAUCUGAAAUUCAUUGUCUUUAAUAGCCUGAUUCUUUCAUAAGCUAGUUUCUUUAAUCACUACUGCAUAUUUAGCAGAAAUUGGUUGCAUUUUGUUAGUCCUAAAGUUCUGAAAGAAAAAAGUCCUUCUAAAACCGUACAACAACAAUCCUAUGAUGUGAGUGUAACACACAAAACUUGAUACAAACAUUUAACAUGGCAGUUGUUUUGUUGUUUAAAUUCAUUCUUGAAAAAGGAGCUAAAAAGUAAAUAAUUUUUUAAAAACCAAACUAUUAUCACUGGUUAUGACCUUUAACUUACCUACCCUACCUAUAGCCUACAAUAAUAUUAGGGGAGUAAAUAUAAAUAAUAGGUGAAAAUAGCCUGAAAUAAAAUGUUCACUUGUCAACACUUUGUCUUUCAAUUGUUACAUUCUUUCUUGGUUAACAGUGAUUCUCAAACUUCUUCAAAUCCAAUAAACUGUUUGAAAAGAAGUAUUUAUGUCACAAUCUUUGCCAGUUCACUGGAAAUAUUAAAUAUUUCAACUGCAUCCUGGCCUAUCACAUGCACUAAAGUCAUGCUCUGCACCUCUUUACUCUUCGUAUUCAGUCCACUUGCUGCCUUGUAAAUGUCAAACGACUCUACUACGUAAUUUACCUUUUUACUACACAUCUAACUACUUAAUGCUGGGUGGCCGAGCUGUCUAAACUGAGUUGAUCCCAGUUUAAUAAUGCUGAGUUCAAGCAAAAACAUCACCAGCACCUUUGUUGGAUGGUACUCAUUAACCUUGGGUUAAACACAUCUAAAUGAAGGAAAACUCAAAAUUCAAACCUGAAGAUGGAGUCCUGUAAGCAGUAUGACAUAGAUACAAUGAAUAUUCUGGCAACUCUUGCGACAUUAUUGGUGCCAAGCCGUCUCAUCCCCACAUGAUGUUUCCUUGGGUUAUCCAUAUGAAUGGAGAAGGGUCUCUAGGGAACAAGCUUAUCCUCCUAAAAAGAAAAAUCCCAAGCCUUGUGAUUUCAUCCUGUGAAGUCUACACCAUCGUCACAUUGUGCUGGACAGAUACCAAAAAAACAACAACUAAGCAUUUUUAUGACACACUUGUCUUUUAUUGUAACUUCUAGUCAUAAUUUAUUGUCUCUGUUGUGUUAUGCGUAAACACUAAUGACGUGACAAAAAGAAAAACCAUUUGGCAGUGAAUGGAGGGGAAUGUAUGAUAGCAGACUUAGUUUUUUGGACGCACAUGAUUUGGUGGAAAUUUGAUUAAAUCCCAUAAACCAAGCAAUAUAAACUUAAAAAUAUCUUGAUUUAUGUCUAAUAUCUAGCGAGCACUUUCAGUUGGCAGAUUUCGCUGAUAAUUGGCCUUAAAAGCUGAUCACAGUUAAUUGGCAUAGUGGGCGAUUAAACCGAUUCUAGAUUAUCUGCCAAUAAAUCUGUACUAGUUCACUAAUACAUUUCACUGUAGGACAAGAUUUUUUCAUAAUCUUCAAUGUAGAAAUCGAUAGUGAUUAUACAAAAAAUGUCACAAACCAAACAUCAAUUGAUUCUCAAAAGAGAACAGUUUUAGUUACUGAGAUACUUAGCCUACUUGUAGUCAAAAAGAUCAAAAUAUUUAUUUUUUUAAAGUAACUGUAUUGUUUUGAUAAUACCCUGACAUUUAUUGUAACUAACUUAAAUCUUUUUUCUGUAUUUCCAGUCAGCCACUAUAAUCUUUUUCCAAAGUCACUUGGUGAGGUUCUUGUCCGAUAUGGUGUACAAGAGUUACAUCUCUCUCAAACUCAAGGUCUCUGGCGUCAUAAGCUCUGGGGUUACCCAGUACAUGAUGCCCCACCAGGUGCUGAAUUGUGGGUCUGGUUUAAGCCAUCUGUCAAAGAGUAAGUUGUGAUCUACCUUGGGUAUCAACACAAUGUAUUCUGAUAGCAUUUUUAACCUUUUACUUCUUUAUAUUAUGUCAAAACUGAACCAUUAAGAAAAGAAUAUAAAACCAUAUAUGGUUUUGGGCUUCAACACCAUAAAAUAAUAAUUACAAUUAUGAUAUAAUACUUUUUGUCAUUUAAACUGUACCAAGCAUUGAUCUAUUAGGCAUGUAUUUAAAUUUACUUACAGCACAUCUUAUAACCAGACGAGCUUUUGUGCAAAUUGUACAAAGCAUGUAGUAUAUUAGUAAUGCUGAUUUAUCUAUAUUUUGUGUUUCAGUAUUGAUGGUGCUUGGACUGAUCUUGUCAAUGCAGUGUCUGGACUUUUCUGUUCCUCUCUCAAUUUUUUGGACUCCAAGAGCACCAUAGUUCCACGGUGGAGCUUCCGCCCCCUUGGGCUUGCAUCGAAAAGUACUUCUCCGUUUUCCCGCUCUGUUAGAUAUGGUGCAUUGCCUAAAGAAAUAGUCUGCACCGAGAACCUGACGCCAUGGAAAAAACUGCUGCCCUGCGAUUCUAAAGUAAAGAGUGUUAGACAUCACGUGUAUAGUUUUAAAAUGUGGUCAUCUGCAUCAGCUGCAGUUUUGUAAAGUAGUUCACGACUUCCUUUCAGCAAUGUUAUUUUCCCCAUCUACAUAUUCAGUAAUAACUUAAACUUGAUCAUUAUGUUAAAUAUGCUUUUAUAAUGCAGGCGGGACUCUCCACUCUUUUCAAUGCGUUUCACUUCCAUGAAGCAAACUACCAUUCCCUUGGAUUGCAUGUUCGUCCAAUAUGUGCUGUAAGUAAAAUUCUCAUUAGAAUGUUGUUGUUUUUUAAAUGCAUAUUACAAAAAAAAAUAUUAUAUCUAAUUGAUAAAAAUUGUCCAUGAAAAUAUAAUUAAAGUUGUUAUAUAAACUUCCAAGUGUUAAAUUCCAAAGAUUAAACAUGAACGACUAUCGUUUUAUUAAAAGAGUCAUUAAUUUUAUGAUUCUGUUAAAAAUGACAUCCCUCUUCAACUAUAAUAUAAGAGCUUGUAGAAAAAUCAGAUAUGCAUGCAGAAAGAUGUGUUAUUAAGCUCCUGUUAAGCUCACGGAUCACUGUGUAAAUUACCUUGCCAAUUAACAAGGAAGAAAUAGUGUUGUGAGGUACAUUUUGCACUAAAGUGAUUUUAGUUAUUUGAAUUCAAUGACAGGAUGAAGCUUGCACACAAGAAGCCAUUGAACUAAGUCAAAGUCUCAGUGUGGUCACAGAUGUUGUAAGCACCAGUUACACAGGAUCACCCAGUAAGUGAAGGCUAAAUUUUGCAUGCCUCCUGAUUAUGUAAGAUUUAACUUUAUAUCUAACCCUCUCGAGAUGGGGGCCUUUUGGUCUGUCUGGGCAAAAAAUAUGGAGCCACUUUUCACAAGCUCUGCAAUUACUUUUGCUAAAUAAUUUAUUUUUUAAAAACUUUACACAUAUAAAACUACAUAUAUUUUUGUUGAUAAUUGAUUAAACUAAUACAAUCUUUAUGAGUAACUGAAAACUCAAUAUUUUUGCAAAUGAGAUAGCCUGAUUUAAAUAAUUUGUGCAUAAAAUGAGAUGCCUGAUUUGUAUAAUUUCUGCAUGCAAUUAUUUUUUUUAUACUUAGAAUAAAAUUGUCUUACUUGCAGAAUUUUGUUUAUUGUUGAAGCCUAAUAAGUCUUAUCCCGUAUUUGAAUGAGAUUUAAUAUGAAAAUUGCAUAAAAUAUUCCUGUGGGGUUGUUAUGCCUUUUUGCAUAUUUCAAGGUCACAUAUUUUUUAAGUUUAAUAGUUGUCACUAGGUACAAAAAAAAUUGACAUAAAAUGGCAGAAAACCGUAAAAUAUCAAUGGAAGACGCCAUUAAAAUGUCAAGAUGAGCAAGAAAUGCGAGAAGCAAUUGAUUAUCUGUUAGAAGACAAGUCAGCCAAUCUUGAGGCUUUUUUAGGCCAAUCGAUCUGCCUUUCACCUUUUUCGCCGUAACACUGGGGCCGAUACAUCACCCCACGCCGUCUCAUGAGAAUUAAGAUUAUUUUAUUUUCUCAAGGCCCACUUCAUAGAGAUUUAGUAGGUUCCUUCAAAUUUUCUUUGAAUUUUCUCUCAACAUAGAUUUAUUCGAUGACAUUCCAUCUAUUUAAAUAUUUUGUUUACCUUUAUGUGUGUUUUUUUUGUUUGUUUUUUUACAUUUUGAAAUUAAUUAAUUUACUUUUUUAAUAUUAUGUCAUUAUUUUGCCCUUUAAUUUGUUAAAUAGACUGGCAGAUUAGAAGCCUGUUUGGCAACCACUUGGUGUCGGCCUGUCCUAUUGCAGCUAAGAGCACUAUAAUGGUGGAUAUAACAAAUAAUGUGGUAAGUAGGAAAUGGCUUAAUAUCAGACUUGUCAUUCUCCCACUUAUCCACGUGUCAUAAGCAUAGUUCAAUUUGCACAUGCAUUACAGCAGAAAUUACAUCAGAAUCAUCCUUUAUAAUAUUCAAAACUAAUAUAAUGUAGGCCUAUUGGAUUUCUUUUUUCUGAUAGGUUAAUAAUUGUCUUGAUGAAUGGGAUUCUUGCCUUCUUUGGUAACAUUAUAAAGUGUUCACAUCUGCUUCAACAAAACAUACCAAUUUCAGUUGUAAAUUCUUAAUUAGAAAAGUUUGUAUAAUCGAAUGAGUGCUUCAAGGUUAUUGCAAUACCCCACAGAAUUUUUCAUAGGUUAAUCAUGAAUUAGGUCUGAUCUCAAUGAAUUCAUUUUCAACAGCACCCAAUAAAUGUUAAAAUCUAAAACAUUUAUCUUUUGAUAUGGUGUAUUCUCCAUAACAUAUUCUAAUAUUAAGUGGGUCUGACCUAUCAUUGGUUACUUUAAAAACCACCAAAAUCUUUUGCAUAAUUAAUUGAUUAAAUUCAGAAAAGCUCAAAACUUAAAAUAAUUAACUUAAACACUUUAGAAAGUAAAAAAAUAAAAUCUAGAUAAAUAUAUUUUAAAGGGCUAUAUUCUUUAAGUUCUGUUUCAUCUGUUCAUCUUAUCUCUCCUGUCUUAUCUAAUAAAUGUAACAAACCCAUCUUUCUAAACUUAAAUAUAGUAAAACCAUAAAUUUCAAUUUAACCUGGAAUUUUAAGCACAGAGUUCAUCCUUUAUAAUCUUUAAUUUUCGUAUUUCAUUUAUUCCUUCCACAGGAUCAGUCAUCCUUCAGGCUGACCCCAAGUCCAACCAUCACAGACACUAUCAAACGUGGACCCCAUGAGCAUACAUAUGCUGUGUAUGAUGUGCGUCAGUUUACACAGUCUAAUCGAGUUUUAAAUAUCGAGGCCACAUUCAACCAGCCUCCAGUUUUAGUGGAACUGAGUCCACCACCAAUACACACUCACAGGUUUAUUACAGGUGAUUUUUAAACUACUCUGAAAAAAGCCAAAUCAAAAUAUAUGUUUUUAAAAAAUCUUUGCUCUACUUUUUUGGGGGGAGUUUUUUGCGUGGUAGAUUUAAACUGCAAAAGGUUUUUUUUUUAAUAUAUAAAUUAACUGGUCACUAUACCUGGCUAUGCUGAGGUUCGUAUUCAAUAUUUCAAUACUAAAACAUAAGAUGUAACUCAAGACGUUUCACUUCAAGUUAAAAUAAACAGUAGGGACUCGUUCUAUAUGUUUUAAUUAGCACUAAGAUAGGGGGCUAUACAUUUUCUUCAGAUAAAUAGUGAAGUUAAAUUUUAAUGAAUUAUCACAUUAAAAUGAGUUGAAAAAUAGUAAUGAAUUUUUUGUAAUAUGGAUUUUAAGUGCCUUUGUACCAAUUUUAAUCUAGAUUAAGCCAUUAGUGUUAAUUUUAUUUCUGUAACUCAUAUAAUAAAAACCGAAAUUUGGGCCCCCAACCCUGAACUGGAUAUAUUUUUUCAAACUUAAGUUGGAUCAAGAUCCAUUAAUCCACAUGGAAACAGACAGACAAUAUUUUUUCAUAUGUAGUACAUAAUAUUAUUCCAGAAAGAUACAUUUGACAUCUUAAAAAACAGAUUUAAAUUUUUUAAAAUUUAUGUAACACAUACCACUAAUUAAAAAUCAUAAUUUAUAUUUUGAUGAGUACCAUUAUAACUUUUAAUUGUUUUUCAUUGAUCAUUUUUUUACACCGUUUUUAAUUGAAACACUACCAUGCCAUUACCUGGUGUAGGUAAACAAAAUCUAGACACAAACUUAUUGUGUGUGGUAUUUAAGGAGCUAAUUAUGAAUGUAGAACUUGUAAAUAAUUUUAUAUAAAAAGUUGGAGAUCAGCUAUGGACUGUAAUUGUUUGGUACAUAACACAUUGUGCCUUUAAAAGACUUUGCUAUUAAAAUGCUAUACUCAUAAAAUGCAGCCACAUAAUCAGCAACUUAGUCUGACUAAAUUCAGAUUUAGGGCUAAAUCACCAACUUACGAUUCUCCCUUCCCCACACACAUCUACUUUAUAAAGUUGGUAAUAAAAAAUUAAUAAAAGAACCUCAGGAUGAAAAAUCCAUAGGUACGAGUAAUUGCCCUAAAUUCAUGCCCCUGAAUGAUAAUGCUAAUCUAAAACCUGCAAUGAACUUAAGUUUUUUAAAAUGGCACAACAUUUAUUUACGUAUAUUUAAAGAAUAUGAUUGCAUUAAGCAGCGAAUCUUUUGUUGAAAAAAUAAUUUCAAUUUUCUUUUUAAAAGGCACAUUGUUCUGCCGCAUAGAAUAAAACUUUAUUUAAAAUGCGUGCAUCAAACAAAAGCGCAUUGAAAACCUUCAUUUAAUAAAUGUUUGAAAGUGCACAGUUCUGAAUAAUGGCUGAGUAAAACAGCAUGCAUCAUAAAUAACUUAACUUGAAAAUAAGCAUCUGAAAAUAAUAUUUAUUUUUUUACUUCUUACCCUCUACAUUUUACGAUUUUUUUAAUUACAGCAUUUGGGAUUUGGGGAUUAAGACCAAACUAUCCAGGAACUAUCUGUAGGUCAGGAGGAAAGACCAUGUGAAAUUUGGUUGUGAUCCAUAAAAUUUUUGUCAUUGAUCGACAUUUGCAAUCAAACAUAGUCACACUAAGCUUUAGAAAGAAUAUAUACUUUUUUUUAAUGAUAAAGUUUUACCAGUAUAAUAUUUUUUAUAAUUUAUUAUGUUGUUGCAUAGGGGCAAUGAUCUGAUUUAAAAGCAUUGUGAUUUACAGGUUAUGGCCUUGAGGAUGGAGGUAUUUCCUGUUUAAUCCACAAUACAUUGUCCAGCAAUCAGAGUAUCUUGUACUUGGAUCUCUUGCCUUGGUUUACCCGUGUCAAAUUCAACACCUUGGAAGUGGUCAACAACGGCAAGGCCGUACCAUGUGAGACUAAUAUAUGCUAAUUAUUACUUUUUUUUUUUUUUAAACUAUAUUACAGCAUAGAUGCCAACAAUUUGAUAUGGCUUAACAAGUAGGCUCCUACAUUAAAAUUUUAAUUUUGAAUCAUUCUUCUUUUUAUCAUUUUUCUUUUAAAGGAUGAGGGCAAGUUUUUUUGUUUUGUUUUUUUACAGAUAAAGUUCAUUAUGUACCAGCUAAAGACAGGUCAAGGCCACAUCAUUUGGAGCUGUCCCUCACCUUGUGGGCCAACUCGGUCACUCGAGUCCACUUCACCUUUACACGUGCCUACCUCAAGUGGACAGAAUAUCCCCCUGAUGCCAACCAUGGCUUCUACAUAAGUUCAGCUGUUAUAACGGCACUGGUACCAUCUACACUGGAGUAUACAGGACCACCACAAGCAUCAUCCAGGCUAGAUUCCAUGUAAGCAAUAAUGGAAAUGUGUGCAUUUGUAAUAAUGGUUCUUAUCAUUUCCUUUAAUGUAUGUUUUUAGAUCUACUGUUAAGUACAGACCCUGGGAACCGUUUGAUUGGAAGAUAACAGCGACGAGGCCAUAACAGGCAAUGCAGGCUCAUACCAGCAAGAAGCCAGUAUAGGAGCUGCUCAUUCCUGCCCAAGACAAUGAGGGACUGGAACAAGCUUUCAAAAGGAACAGUUGAGGCGACAACACCAGGCUCAUUUGUGUCUAUAGCCUCAAGCCAUCAAACCCCCAGUGCAUGAUUCCCUCACAAAGUGGCACUGGAAAUCAGUGAAAUGUCCUCAUCAACACCAGGCACAGAAACAUUGCAAAUCCCCUUUACAUGCAUAGGAGCCAAAAUGAUCAAUAAAUUGAUCGUGGGCCCUUAAUAUAUAGAAGAAGAAGAGACAUAUCCUGUACAUAGACAUUAUUAAGACUCCGCUAAAGUGGGUCUGAGUAGCACAGUGUGGGGCUCUGAUAUUUGUUCCCAGUCAUAUAUUGAUUAGCCCGAUAAUGAAGACUAUCUCACUGCCAUAUUAAAUGUAGAUUUAAAAUAAAGAAUUAAGUAUGGAAAAAUAAUAAUGAGGUGGGGGGUAAUGUUAGAAAAUGCAAAGUUGAACUUGUAUAGUAUGGUGAGUGAUUUUUUUUUUUAUGCAGACAUAGUGAACUUAAUUGAAACCUUAUUAUGAAUGUUGUAGAUGUAGAUAUUCAGAUUUCUUAAUGAGUCCAUUUGAAUUGCGUCUAUCAUUAAUGAGUCUGUUUCCCUGAAAAGGUUUGCCAACCAGCCUCUGGGUGCAUCAAAACCCAGAUUCCUAGUCAGGAUUCACACAGAGAGCCUCCUGGUGUCCCUACCUACCCCAGACUUCUCCAUGCCUUACAAUGUUAUCUGCCUAACAUGUACAGUUGUGGCCAUAGCUUUUGGCAGCAUCCAUAAUCUUACAACAAGAAGGUAAAUAAUUGCUUCCAUAUACAUUCACAUCUGAAUUGCUUAACACACUCAUCAGACUGUCAAGCUUGGUGUAUCUGUAGAUUUAUCCCAAAUAAUUAUUUUCAUGUCCAAAUAAAUAAUUUUUUUAAAACCAUAUUUUGUGAUUUUAAUAGAAAUUAAUACAUUUUAAAUUGAUCUAAUUAAUGUAAUACUUUAAAUAUAAUAUGUAAUACAUUUAAUGUGUGUAAUGGUUUUAUUUUAAAAAGAAUAUUUUUCCAUAUGCUGAAAAUGAAUACAUACAGUGUAAUCAAAACACCUUUCAUCUACUGGAAUCAAUACUUAUGACUUUCUCUAGGUUAGUGCCAUAUGACCCCGCCUCAAAAAAAGGGCUGCUGAGUAAGGUCAAGGCAUUCCUCCAGAAGAUCUUUAAGAAAUCCCCAACAACAGCUGGUCAAGGAGAUCAACCCGCCCAGGUCAACGAGGGCAUUCAAGAACUAACAGAAGAUAAAAGUGCACUUGGAACUGAUGAAAAACAUUCCAGUCAAGAAUCAUGAUCAAUGCAUUUGUCUGUUAAAUUAUAUGUUGUGCCCAAGAAUUAAUGUUGCAUCUUCUUUUGAUGAAGUGAUCUGAUUGUAACUGGUAAAGGAUAUGUUAUAAAAUGACUUAUGUUAAAUGUAGUGGUUUGAAUUGAACUUGGUCAUAAAUCAAAAGUUAAGAAUUCUUGGAUGUUUUUUUACUUUUGCAUUUCUUUUUUUUUGAUUAAUAUUUCUUUAAUGUUUUUGUUAAGUUACAAAAGAUUACUUGUUGAAACAUUCCAUUUUCUCAAAUUUGAGGGAAAAUAUUUUAGCGCACAUUAUAGAGAUCUUUUCAAGCAGAAUCAAUAGUGCUAUUCCUAGCUUUAAAAUUUGACAAUACCACUACAGAAAGCCAAUUAUAAAGAGAGGGUGACAGCAUAUAUUGUUGUGUUAAAUGCACUCUAAAAACCUCAGAGCAUCUUACCAUUUAAAGUGCUGUCCGUCUCAUGGUUAUGAACAACUCUCAAAUUCUUAAAUUCAGUUCUUGAGAAUGGAAUAAUUUAAGGAAAAUUAAUAAUUAUGCAAAGAAAUGAAACAUUCAAAAACUAUCUUAUUCCUGCAUGAAUUAUCAAACACCUCAUGUGAGUGGUUCAAUGUUGCAGUGACCAGUGGCUCAUCUCAUUGUUUAUACUUCAAACUCUAAAGCCCUGCUGACGCACAGCAUCAGUCUCAUAUGAUUCUGUGUUUAACCUUAUGAUCAGGCAUCCAAUGUGAAAGUUAUCAGCAAGUCCAGGUGAGCCUGCAAUGAAUACAAAGAUGGUUGCAAUGGAAACCAAAGUAAAAAUGAUUAAGUGUUCAAAGAAAGAAAAAACACCAUCUUUCAUUUUGAUAGGAUUGGGCUUCAGUUGCUGGGCUAUCGCAGUUAUAAAUGAUAUCAUUUAGAUCCGGUGGGCAUCUGGGCAUUUUCCCUUCAGCCUAAUUUAAAUUAUAAAUUGAGAAUGAUGGAACAUGUAAAAAUAACUGCCCAUGAUAGAAAUCAUUACGAAAUUGAAUGGGAAAUCAAUCAUUAAAAUUAACAUUUAUUUGGUAUUCUCAAAUUAAGCAAAUCCUUGCCUGUCAUCAUGCUCUGUUCAUCGAAGAACCAGGUCAUUUACUAACGUAAAGCUGUUUCCCAGAAAUGUAUCAUUGUUGUAACCCAGGAUUGUCUGUGUAACUAAAACUCAGAAUGGCCUAGUUGUGUUUUUUCUUAAGCUAAUGACCAUAUCAUGAUCUGUGUGUGUGUUUGGAAAGUAUCCAUCUAAUGCUGGGUAAGGUUUUUUGAGUGUGUGUAAGUUUUCUUAUUUUCUGUGUACUUCUUUCUGUGAUAAAAGCUGUUACACAAUGUAUUAAGAUCAAAUUAUUGAGGAAAAGAUUCACACAUGUUUCAUCUUCAUCAUCUAAACUAUUACACACAAAAAAACAAAACAAAACGGUCUACAAGAUCUACUGAAAGACUCCUCUUAAAUAAGGAUUGUAUUGAAACCUGAAUGUCAAUUUACAAGGUUGGUUCAAAGUAAGGAAAAAAUAGAAGGAAAAAAAAUGGAUGGCUUUUUUAAUCAAAAUUGAUUAUAUGUUUAUAAAGAAAAAAGAUGGAGGAUAUCUGCAAUGACUCCAUGAUUCUACGAGGAUGUGUAGUGAAAGCAGCAGUAUGGGUGGGGUUUGAAAAAUUAAGAUUUUUUUAUAUAGAGAUGGACCGUAACCAAAUUGUAUUAAUGAUUUGUAAUAGUACUAUAUAUCUAUAAAUGUUUUGAUGUUAAAUAAUGUUACUAUGAAUAUCAUCCAUCCAUCUCUGUGGCGCUGCAGCCCAUGUAGGGCUUUGGCCUGCCUCACUACUUUCCACACAGACCUAACUAAGGCUUAUCUUUUCCAGCCACUGCACAUCAUCCAUCCAUCUCAGCCUAUGUCUGCCUUUGAGCAGUUUUCUUCUAGAGUUUUGGUGGUGCACCCUCUUCACUCCUCUGUCAUUCUUUCUAAGUGUCCCGCCCGGCGUAGCCUACCCUUUUUUAUUUAUGCUACUAGCAUGGGAUCCUGAUAUAGACUGUACAAUUCCUGUUUGGUUCAUAUUCUCCAUCCAUAUUCAUCCUUUGUUGCAGAGGUGUAGCUAGAGUGUUUGGCGCCCGGGGACAAGAUUCAUUUUAAAGAGCCCCCCCCUUUCCUUUUUCAACUCUCAAACCCAUUAUUUUCAUCAAUCAAAUAAUAUCAAAUUGCAUUUUGCUGCACCUAAUUACUCUGGCCCCCAUGGACAUCUGUCCCCCCCCCCCCUUGCUACGCCUCUGCUUUGUUGGUC